ACUGGAGUGAGGAGUCGAGGCUCAAACGAACACUGCGCGACCUCGACUUUGAAGCCAUUACCAGGAAAUUGAGCAUUUUGUUGACACAGCUAGCCUUUGACGAAGUAGCCAUCGAUCAAGUCGACCGGCUUGUGGAUAAACUAAAGAUCCUUCAAAUCGAGUAUGUGCGAGACUGCUGUCAGCCAACACAAGCAGAGCAAGAUGCAUUCAAACUGCCGUUUGAGCAGGCCCAAGAAUUGCUCUUCGGGCUGCGCAUGGCUACUAAGCAAAUUGUGCAGCGUACAAAUGUACAGUUACAGACAGUGGAUCUUUAGCCUUGUGGCGCAGAGAGACAACGACCUUAGCCUAGCUAAUGCACGUUACUCUCAGAAAAUUGCUGAGGCGACCAAAGAGGAUAGUGCUGUUAUGAAACAGCUCGCGAAGGACUCCAAAGAGCUUGCAAAGCGGACAUAUUUGGAUAGCGUCAGCAUGCGGCUCAUGGCGGUGGUCAAUUUAUGCACGAUGCCGGGAACAUUUACUGCGACCCUAUUCAGCACAAGCUUCUUCGAUUUCAAACCUAGCUCCGACGACAGUGUUGUAUCGGGCUGGGUGUGGCUUUACUGGGCCAUCACCAUUGCCCUGACAACCAUGAUUGUCAUCCCACUAUGGAUCAUCAACCGAAAGACCACUCAAAGUCUGGAGCGCGCCGAUGCCCUCGAACCCCGAAAGUCAACAAGCAACAGAGACGAGGAUACCGAUUUCAAGGCGGAAGGCAAAGCCUCACUGGGCCUGCGGACUUCUUCAGACUCAACAGCGCAGCAGCGGCCGGUCACCAUAUUCAAUCCGCCGCUGUCAAACGCCGUGUCCGAUGGCAUUUCCAUACGGACUACGCAGCAGCAUUUUACUGCGCCUAUAAUUGUCGCGACCGCCGCCCUUUCAUCAGCAGCAACAGCGACUGCCAAGUCAUCUUCGCCAAGGAACUCCCAGACUCCACCUCCGCUACAAACGCAGUCACAGAUCACAACGUCUCAGCUCCAAACAACAACGACGACCACCAUGACGACCACCCUCGCAGCUGUUGUCCAUCCACUGGUUCCAUCGGCAUCCUUGCCUAUCGGUUCCGAACUUUCUUCGUUGUCGCUGGGAAAGCUGAUAAGUGGUCCCCUGGCGAUUGAGGAGGGCUCGCUCUUUCAUACCCCGGGUCUGCGGUUCGAGAGAUCGUGUCGUGUCUGCGCAAAUCCAAGCCCCGAGCCGGAGGGAUGCCUUUGAGUCGGUGGAUUCUAUGGUAUGAAUGAUGAUGAGAUGUGUUCCUACUCGAUGAUUUUCUCUGCUGUAUUAUAUGCUCUUGCGCGUUCGAGAGUGGGUAGCUUAGUCACACUCCGAAUCCAUACUUGUUUGCGAGAACCAAGAAUUUAUCCU